AUGGUGUCCCAGGUCACGGUGGCCCUCUACGUCUUCCGCAGGUCGUGGUCCGGGGAGAAGAGGUUACUUCAGACGGCAAUCUUGUUGUUCGUCAUUGGGAUCGUCAGAUCCGUCCAGAAGCCAUGGCGUCUAAAGAAUGCCAGUAUUAGUGGCAUGGUCGCCUCUUGCUCUCCAUCCACGCGAAGGGAACAAGGUUCUUUUGCAUCAUUCUGGGAAUGCUGCACUUUCAUUGUUGGCACUGAAUUGUCCGACAGCAGAAGACAAGAAGAAGCAGCCGAAGAGAAGGACAUUCCCCUUGAAAAAUUUGUACGAGUCCCGCUUCGGUGCGUACUGCAGGCAAAGUUAGCCAGUGAUGAAAAGAAAGCGGAAAAACUUGCUUCAAGCUCUAUGGAAAUGUAUGCCUACAGGCUACUUGUAGACAUAUCAACUCCAUACUCUAGCCGGAUUAAAAUCCUACAACUUUUUAUGGCCCUUGAUUGCCAACAUGCACAUUUCGUCUCAGAAUUCAGCAUCAGUUUGUUAUUUGGGGAGCUCUACACAAAAAUAAAGAUGAUAAUCAGCGGCCUUGGCUUAUGUUUGCACCUCUUGCUCCCAUUUCUGACCUUAGCUUCCAUCAUCCUCUUCUCCACUAGCCACAAAUACCAUGACUACAACGCAACAGAUGUGAAGUUAACUUACAUCCUAUUCUGUUGUACCUUGCCGCUGGAUUUCCUUUUGCUCUUGCUCGGUCCUGCCAUCGCAGGCUUUGGAUUCGUCAAGGUUUCCCAGUAUAGCCUCUUGUCGUUCCAUGCUCGUAAGAAGAGGCCCACUACUUUGAUGAAGCUUGCCACAGUUGUCUGUUGCAAGGACCAUGUUAACAUGCAUUGUUAUAUAAAACACGGACCAUCUGAUUCCUCAAGCACAAUUGCGGAGUUGGUCCUUGGAUAUGUGAAUGAUGGUUGGAAAGGAUAUAUCCACGACGCUGCCAGCUACAAGAUCUUCAACAACCACAGGGGCGAGUGGACACUGAAGAAGCAUCGUCUUGGCCACGCCAAACGGCUGGGGUGGAGCUUGAAGAUGGCGUUCGAUAGAAGCGUCCUUCUCUGGCACAUCGCCACGGACCUCUGCUUUCACCACCAAAGCACAACCCCUCGCGGCCAAGAGUGCGCCGUUCAAAGCAGAGUGAUAUCCAACUACAUGGCGUACCUGCUCUCCGUCCGUCCCGAGAUGCUGAUGCUUGGGACCAGGAAGGGUAUCUUCAUGGUUGCUUGUGAUGAUGUCGAGCUCAUGCUGGGCAGCGAGUUAGCAACAGAUGUAAGAGGUCUUGCGCAGGUAAUUCUUCUCAAGGCGCAACAGCUUCCCUCAUCACAUGCCAGCAACAUAGGAGCUUUGGUCCCCAAUGCAUGCAGGCUUGCUAAAGCCUUGAUGGAUCUGCAGGAUGAACAUGUGAGGUGGGAGGUGAUUCAGGGGGUAUGGGUGGAGAUGCUAUGCUACUCUGCCAGUAGGUGCAGGGGGUACUUGCAUGCCAAGAACAUGAAUGAAGGUCCGGAGCUGCUCUCUCAAGUCUGGAUCCUCUUGUCAUUCAUGGGGAUGGAGACAUCUGCCGACAGGUAUCAAAAGUCGGAGCCUCCCGAAACCAAGGAAGAAGAAGAGGUAGAAGCUGGAGACGUUGGUGGUGAAGGAAGACCCAUCCAGCACGAGAUUACCAUACGUGUCUAA